ACUGCAAACAACUGGGUCGAAGCCUUCCUUCCUCCAAGGCCAGCCUCUUCUUCCUGUGAUGUCAUAUUACAAAUCUAGGAAGCCUUUCGUGCUCUCUUCAGAGACAGCCCAUCUCACAAUACAGCUGGCAACCUCGGAAAGGCCUCCUUCAGCAAGAGCUAACACGCUUAGGAAUUUAUCCGGGAACCUUUAAAAGACUCUGCCUACCGCCACCUGGAAUCAAUGCAGAAAUACCAAAACAGAGUAAAAAGAAAGAAGUGCCCGAGGACGACGGACUGGAACUAUCAAGAUUCUGAAGUAAGACUGAUAACUUAUGCCUAGACAUUCUGAACAUGAAGACAUUUUAAUUUUGGAAUAGUCACUUUGGCGACUGAAGUACAAGUUUACACAAGGACCAUCGUGUCCAACUUGAAACACAGCUUUUCCUUACGUUUGUGGCUCUAUGGGUUGGCUUCCUUGACUGCAUUUUCUGCCAGUUUCUGGACUCAUGGAUUUUCUGGAGACCAGAAAAGGAGACUGUUGUCCUGAAGAAUCUACUAGAAACUUUUAAGCAACACGUUUCAUGUUUUCUUUGAAGAUUUCAGAGAAGAAAAUAUUUAUAAGAACACGAAAAGAAGCAAAUAAUUUGCAAAUAAACUGGCUGUUGCUGCGACCAUAUCUGAAUACCAAAGGCGCCUGCUGCAGACAAAAGGACUCCCUGUUUGCUGUCCUGCCUGACAAUGGUAAGCUCCAACGGCUCCCACUGCCCUUACGAUGACUCCUUUAAGUACUCUUUGUAUGGGUGCAUGUUCAGCAUGGUGUUUGUGCUUGGGCUGAUAGCCAAUUGUGUUGCCAUAUACAUUUUCAUCUGUGCCCUCAAAGUGAGAAAUGAAACGACAACGUACAUGAUUAACCUGGCAAUGUCAGAUUUGCUUUUCGUCUUUACUUUACCAUUUCGGAUUUUUUACUUUGCAACACGGAAUUGGCCAUUUGGAGAUCUUCUCUGUAAGAUUUCAGUAAUGCUGUUUUACACCAACAUGUACGGAAGCAUUCUGUUCUUAACCUGUAUCAGUGUAGAUCGAUUUCUGGCAAUCGUCUACCCAUUUAGGUCGAAGACUUUAAGAACUAAACGAAAUGCAAAGAUUGUUUGCAUUGCUGUGUGGUUCACAGUGCUGGGAGGAAGUGCGCCCGCAGUUUUCUUCCAGUCGACCCACGCUCAGGGUAACAGUACCUCAGAAGCCUGCUUUGAGAACUUCCCAGCAGCCACAUGGAAAACCUAUCUCUCCAGGAUUGUGAUUUUCAUUGAAACAGUGGGGUUCUUUAUCCCCUUAAUUUUGAACGUAACUUGUUCUAGUAUGGUGCUAAGAACUUUAAAUAAACCUGUUACAUUAAGUCGGAGCAAAAUGAACAAAACAAAAGUUUUAAAAAUGAUUUUUGUACACUUGGUCAUAUUCUGUUUCUGUUUUGUGCCCUAUAACAUCAAUCUUAUUUUAUACUCUCUCAUGAGAACACAGACCUUUGUUAACUGCUCUGUGAUAGCUGCAGUGAGGACAAUGUACCCAAUCACUCUCUGCAUCGCUGUUUCCAACUGUUGCUUUGACCCCAUUGUUUACUACUUCACUUCAGACACAAUUCAGAAUUCAAUAAAAAUGAAAAACUGGUCUCUUAGAAGAAGUGACUCCAGGUUCUCUGAAGUGCAGGGCACCGAGAAUUUUAUCCAGCACAACCUACAAACCUUAAAGAGUAAGAUAUUUGAUAGUGAGUCUGCAAUCUAAGCUGCCCGACUAAACCACUGGGACUGCUCCACGUUCAACUGUGAAAACUGCUCUGGGAACUUUUCUCCAGCUCCAAAAGACAAUUAACGUAUGGACGCUUACAUGUUUUUAAGAACGUCUGUGUCUGGUGUGUUAAACAUUAAACUACAUUCUAUUCUUGUAUGCACUCCAUUUUAUUUUCUUGAACCACUUUAAUGUGUUCUUUCCUCAUUAAAUCUCUAUAAAGUUAGAGUCUAAGAGCAAUUAUGAUUUAAAUAAUGUGAUAUCUGUACUUUUAAAAUUUUGUGUUACACGAAACGAUUUAAUUCAAAAAUUUGUUAAAUGAUUUUAUACUGAACCCAGAUGUUGUUUAAGUAAUAGUUUGCUAAAUACUUCACUUCCAUUUCAUUUUAGGUUAAAAGUACUUAUCAUGCCUAAAACUGCAAACCAUGAAGAAAACUAAUUUGAAAUAGUCAAACCUUUUUAGAGUACUUCCCCCAAGAAAGCUAUUGCAGUCUUCUGCAUGACUUAUUUGACUUUGUAGACAAUUCAUAAAAAGAUAGUGUCUAACUAUACAGUAUAUUUUGAAAUUACUAUUUUGAUUUAUAUUCUGGCUGCAACACCCAAUUUUAAAAUGAUAUGUUCCAUAAGAAUUUAAAGUAAGGAAACUAAUAAAAUGCAACCUUGCUAGGUAAA